AGCUGCUGUUGAGGCCACCCCGGCGGUGGCACGACUGCUGGCAGGCAGGCAGAUCCCAGGGCCUCCCCCACCCCUGCGCUGUCCAUGGAUUUUGUCGCUGGAGCCAUCGGAGGUGUCUGCGGUGUUGCUGUGGGCUACCCCCUGGACACGGUGAAGGUCAAGAUCCAGACAGAGCCCAAGUACAGGGGCAUCGGGCACUGCGUGUGGGACACGUAUCGCCGAGAGCGGCUGCGGGGCUUCUACCGAGGCCUCUCGCUGCCCGUGUGCACCGUGUCCCUGAUCUCGUCCGUGUCCUUUGGCACCUACCGCCACUGCCUCGCGCACAUCUGCCGAUUUCGCUACGGCAGCCCCGACGCCAAGCCCGCCAAGACCGACAUCACGCUGUCAGGAUUUGCCUCUGGUGUGGUCCGCGUGUUCCUGACCUCACCCACCGAGGUGGCCAAGGUCCGGCUGCAGACGCAGACACAGCAGCGGCGCCCCUCGGCCUCGGGGCCCUCGGCCCCGCCCCCCAUGUGUCCUGCGCCCCCUGCGGGUUCGGUGCCCGGGCCCAAGUACCGAGGGCCACUGCACUGCCUGGCCACGGUGGCCCGUGAGGAGGGACUGCGGGGUCUCUACAAGGGCAGCUCGGCCCUGCUCUUCCGGGACGGCCACUCUUUCGCCACCUACUUCCUGUCCUACACCAUCCUCUGCGAGCAGCUCACCCCCGCUGGCCACAGCCAGCCAGAUGUCUUGGGCGUGCUGCUGGCCGGGGGCUGCGCCGGGGUCCUGGCCUGGGCCGUGGCCACCCCCAUGGACGUGAUCAAGUCGCGCCUGCAGGCGGACGGGCAGGGCCAGCGGCGCUACCGGGGCCUCCUGCACUGCGUGGUGACCAGCGUCCGCGAGGAGGGGCCGCGAGUCCUCUUCAAGGGGCUGACGCUCAACUGCUGCCGCGCCUUCCCCGUCAACAUGGUGGUCUUCGUCACCUACGAGGCCGUGCUGAGGCUCAUCCGGGGCCUGUCCACGUAGCCAGCCCGACGCCCCCGGCGCCAACCCGCCAGCGGCUCCCAGACGUCGUAGUGCUGGCAGAGGCGCAGAGCGUGUUGGGGUCUGGGCCCCACUGAGCCGCCGGGACACCCAGAUCAGCCGUGCUCGGGGCUUCGCCUGCCCGGCUACGCACCCCGAGGACGUCGAGGGGCCCAUCUGCCACCAGCCUGGGGUUGGCCUGAGGGUCGCUGGAGCCAGGGAGGAGUGGGCCGUCGCUCGGAGUGGUUUGAGCAUGCCGUCGGAGUCACAGCUCCCUCGUCACCCCUGCCGGCGCCCACUGGCCGCCCUCCCCGCGAGGCCCCCACUCGGCUCUCCUCGGCUUGCUCCCCUGCAGCAGGCUGCUCAGAGACGGCGCUGGCCGGCCCGCAUGGCCAGCGUGGCGCCGGGCCUGCUCACGCACCCUGUCCUGAUGGGGGGUCCCAGAGACUCAGCGGGGAGCUGUGACAAUAAACCACCUUCGG